UUUAGUACUAUUGUCGCCAAAAUUUUAAAAACAGGGUCGAUAUCGUCGCCCUUUAAUGGUUAUGCCAUUUUGGUUGCUAAGUUACAGCACCUCCAACGCGUCUUCUUAAGUGACGAGACUCUUCAACGCUCGUCACACAUAUAGUGUUUUAUAUUUACUUAUAUAAAAAAUAUAAGUAAUUUUCUACAAUUUGGUGGAGCCGACUGCCUAGAAGGUUGUUCACGGUUGGACAUCUUCAAUAUGGCGCGCGAAAGACGUCAUAUCAGUUUAACAAAAAUGUUGAACUUAUUAUCAGUAGCAUUAGGUUGCUAUUUUGCAGGGAAGCAUGUUUAUGCUUUUCGCACUGAAUCAUCCGUGGCUCGUCAACACGCUGCUGACAACAAUGUAGAAUUGGGUUCUAUACAGGCAUCUCUUAGACCUGACUCUAGUUUAGAGUCUACUCACACGUCAGCCGAUAUCGCUCCUCGUGGCAAUGGUGGCCGUAGAAGCGGCGUCGACACUACACCUCAGCAGGACGUUCAGACUCUUAUAUCAUACUACAAUGGUUUGGGCGGCAAGGGAUUCACCAAGGACAAUGCCCAGCAAUGUUUAGAAUGGGAACCAUUGGCUAACUGUACGAAAAAACAGUUCCUCAGGUGUAUUAACCCUCCUGACUCAACACUCACUAUGAAGUGCUUUAACGAUAAGUGUGGUGACUGGUCACCAUGGACUAUCUGUAACAAUGGUAUUCAAUACAGAUACCGCCCAGAAUGUGACGGAGAGUACAUUCAAUACAAGAACUGCUCAGAGAAGAACUGGGUUGAAUUUAAGGCAGAGCAAGAAGCCCUAGAAGCUGAGAGGAAGAGGCAAGAAGCCCUAGAAGCUGAGAGGAAGAGGCAGGAAGCCGAGGCUGAGAGGAAGAGACAGGAAGCCCUAGAAGCUGAGAGGAAGAGGCAAGAAGCCCUAGAAGCUGAGAGGAAGAGGCAGGAAGCUGAGGCUGAGAGGAAGAGGCAGGAAGCCCUAGAAGCUGAGAGGAAGAGGCAAGAAGCCCUAGAAGCUGAGAGGAAGAGGCAGGAAGCCGAGGCUGAGAGGAAGAGACAGGAAGCCCUAGAAGCUGAGAGGAAGAGGCAAGAAGCCCUAGAAGCUGAGAGGAAGAGGCAGGAAGCUGAGGCUGAGAGGAAGAGACAGGAAGCCCUAGAAGCUGAGAGGAAGAGGCAGGAAGCCCUAGAAGCUGAGAGGAAGAGGCAGGAAGCUGAGGCUGAGAGGAAGAGACAGGAAGCCCUAGAAGCUGAGAGGAAGAGACAGGAAGCCCUAGAAGCUGAGAGGAAGAGGCAGGAAGCCGAGGCUGAGAGGAAGAGACAGGAAGCCCUAGAAGCUGAGAGGAAGAGGCAAGAAGCCCUAGAAGCUGAGAGGAAGAGGCAGGAAGCUGAGGCUGAGAGGAAGAGGCAGGAAGCCCUAGAAGCUGAGAGGAAGAGGCAAGAAGCCCUAGAAGCUGAGAGGAAGAGGCAGGAAGCCGAGGCUGAGAGGAAGAGACAGGAAGCCCUAGAAGCUGAGAGGAAGAGGCAGGAAGCUGAGGCUGAGAGGAAGAGACAGGAAGCCCUAGAAGCUGAGAGGAAGAGGCAGGAAGCCCUAGAAGCUGAGAGGAAGAGGCAGGAAGCUGAGGCUGAGAGGAAGAGACAGGAAGCCCUAGAAGCUGAGAGGAAGAGACAGGAAGCCCUAGAAGCUGAGAGGAAGAGGCAGGAAGCUGAGGCUGAGAGGAAGAGACAGGAAGCCCUAGAAGCUGAGAGGAAGAGGCAGGAAGCCCUAGAAGCUGAGAGGAAGAGGCAGGAAGCUGAGGCUGAGAGGAAGAGACAGGAAGCCCUAGAAGCUGAGAGGAAGAGACAGGAAGCCCUAGAAGCUGAGAGGAAGAGGCAGGAAGCUGAGGCUGAGAGGAAGAGACAGGAAGCCCUAGAAGCUGAGAGGAAGAGACAGGAAGCCCUAGAAGCUGAGAGGAAGAGGCAGGAAGCUGAGGCUGAGAGGAAGAGGCAGGAAGCUGAGGCUGAGAGGAAGAGACAGGAAGCUGAGGCUGAGAGAAAGAGGCAAGAGGAAGCCGAGGCUGAGAGAAAGAGGCAAGAGGAAGCCGAGGCUGAGAGAAAGAGACAAGAGGAAGCCGAGGCUGAGAGAAAGAGACAAGAGGAAGCUGAGGCUGAGAGAAAGAGACAAGAGGAAGCUGAGGCUGAGAGAAAGAGACAAGAGGAAGCUGAGGCUGAGAGAAAGAGACAAGAGGAAGCUGAGGCUGAGAGAAAGAGGCAAGAGGAAGCUGAGGCUGAGAGAAAGAGGCAAGAGGAAGCUGAGGCUGAGAGAAAGAGACAAGAGGAAGCUGAGGCUGAGAGAAAGAGGCAAGAGGAAGCUGAGGCUGAGAGAAAGAGGCAAGAAGAAGAGGAGCAGGCUCGCAUUGCUGCUGAAAGGAAGCAGCAAGAGGAAGAAGAAGCCCGUCAAGCCGCUGAAAGGAAGAGGCAAGAAGAGGAAAGGCAAAAGGAAGAACGUUUGGCUAAGGAAGCGCUUCAGAAACGCCUUGCUGAAGAGGCUGCACAGAAACGUUUGGAACAAAUGAGACGCCAAGCAGAGGAGAAAUUACGCAAAGAAAAAGAAGCUGAAAUGAAGAGACAAGAGGAAGAGGAGCAGGCUCGCAUUGCUGCUGAAAGGAAGCAGCAAGAGGAAGAGGAAGCCCGUCAAGCCGCUGAGAAGAAGCAGCAAGAGGAAGAGGCCGCCCGCCAAGAAGCCGAGAGGAAGAGGCAGCAAGAAGAAGAGGAAGCCCGUCAAGCCGCUGAGAAGAAGCAGCAAGAAGAAGAGGCCGCCCGCCAAGAAGCCGAGAGGAAGAGGCAGCAAGAAGAAGAGGAAGCCCGUCAAGCCGCUGAGAAGAAGCAGCAAGAGGAAGAGGCAGCCCGUAAAGAAGCAGAGGAACAGCUGGCAAAUGAAAAGAGCAGAGUCUAUGACGUAAUUGAGUCCUCUGAAGUUCCUAGCUCUGUUUUACCCACCGAUCAAGAAUCCACUGAUCGUGUAAUGGACGGCGAACCAGAUGAAGAAGAACAGGAAGAGAAUGCAAGAAAGUCGUCGCGUAAAUCGUUGGUUAAGCAAGCAUCUGUUGGUCUCGCUGCUGUUAUGUCCGUGGUUGUUGGUUCAUACAUUUAUUGCAAGUCCCCUGUGAGCGCUGGUUCCGCUAUGGCCCCGGGUGUUUCUGAACAAGGUUUCGAUGAUCAAUCAUAUUUGAACCACAGAAGUGACGACGUAGAAACCAAGGUCGACUUUGAUGAAAACUUCUGGUCGAACGCUGCCGAUCAAAACAAUGAGUAGAUUCGUACUUAACAAUCGUGUGAAACAAGAUCGCAAUCGAUCAAAUACUCUUUACCACACGUUACCCAGACAAACGUAG